AUGGCUAGAGCCACUAUCAAAUCAGGAACAAUCAACUUGCUCAACACCAUCAUUGGUGCAGGUAUCCUAGCGAUGCCUUAUGGCCUUGCCCAAAAUGGGCUUGUCUUUGGUUGCGGUCUUAUACUUUGGUCUUCCCUCACUUCGGCAUUUGGUCUUUAUUUGCAAAACAAAGUUGCCAAAUACGCAAAUCAGCGUGGAACGGUAUCCUACUUUAGUCUUGCACAGUUGACGUAUCCCAAGUUGUCCAUACUAUUUGACUCAGCAAUCUCAAUCAAGUGUUUUGGUGUUGGUGUAAGCUAUUUGGUAGUCAUUGGCGACUUGAUGCCCAAGAUUAUGGAGACCAUUGGCGUUAAUGCUGAGGCAGCCAGUGCAAGCGGUAAAAUGGCACUGGUAUUGAUGCAUCGCAACUUUUGGAUCACCGUGUUUAUGGUGGCUAUAGUUGCACCUUUAUCAUAUCUCAAAAAGCUCAAUAGCUUGAGAUACACGAGUUUUAUUGCCUUAUUUUCAGUGGCAUACUUAAUAUGUCUUGUUGUUGAAAAAUAUUUUGCAUUUGUUAUAACUGGCGAGGACCCGACUAUAGCUGGAGGCAUAAAGUCAGUUGCACUUGAUGGAUCUUUGCAAGGAGCAAUACAGGGUGCUGCAAUACAAGGUUCAAUGAAUAAUGCAACAACUUUCGUAAGCAACACCUUGUCUCAUAUUUCCGCAAGAUCCGGUAUCCCACACCCUGGAGAGGACAUUACUUGGGUAGGACCAAUCGGUAUAGCCAAGCUGCUUGCAUCCAUGUCUCUCUUUGUGUUUGCAUUUACCUGUCAUCAAAAUUUCUUUCUGAUCUUGAACGAGUUGAAGCCAAAUGAGAAAGAUGGCUCUCAAACCAGGCAGUCCAAUUUGAUUAUCCGCAACUCUAUUUCAACUGCGUUGGCGAGUUAUUUUAUAGUGGGUAUUUUUGGGUACUUGACAUUUGGGUCCUCGGUUAAUGCAAAUGUGAUAUCGAUGUACCCCAAGAACUCUAUUUCAUCACUCGUGGGCAGAUUGUGUAUUGUUAUAAUGGUGAGUUUAUCAUUUCCUUUGCAAUGUCAUCCGUGUCGUGGAUCAGUGAAUCAUGUGAUACACUUUAUCACCCAUGGUGUUGAGAAUAACACGUUGAGUACAUCAUCAAACAAACCCAAUAGAGAUGCUAGAAAUGGCUCCGUGCAUCAUGGAUACACCUCGCUCAAUUCCGAUAUUGAAUCGAUUGGUUCUCUUAAUGAUUCUUCAUUGGUUGAUGAAUCAUUUGUGCUGACCACACCAAUGGAAGGCGCGCAUGAUACAGAGGGACACGAUCCAAUAAUAGUUCCGCUUACAUCAAGGAAGUUUUACAUUAUUACAACAUGUAUAGUUGUAAUGAGUUAUUUGGUUGCGAUUAGCGUUACGAGUUUGGCCAAAGUGUUGGCGUUUGUGGGAAGUACGGGAUCCACAUCUAUUUCAUUUAUAUUACCAGGAUUAUUUGGGUACAUGUUGAUAAAACCAUUGGGGUCAACUGCAGCAGGUGGUGCAGCAGGUGGUGCAUCAAAUACCAGCAAUGGCUCUAAUGGUUCCAAUACACCGCUUAAUGAGAGAGCUAAUGCAUGGAACGAGCAACGUCGAGAAUCAAACACACUGGAAACUGUACCUACGCUGCCGUUGGGACACUCAUUGCAGCAACUUGAGUUGACCAAAUUGGAAAAGUUUUGUAAGUAUGGUGGAUUAAUAUUGGCAAUAUGGGGUGGUUUGGUGAUGAUUAUUUGUUUGAGUGCGACUAUUUUCUUAGGCGCUACACAUUAA